AUGCCCAAUUUCACUCCUAUUUCAUCACUAUUACCAUCAGCCAUACUCUUUCUAUUGAUCCCACAUUCCCUUGGCCUCAACGACUCUCAAAAGUUGUUGGUUAACAAGAUAUGUUCCCGCACGAUCAACUAUCGAUACUGCGUAGAUUUUUUUAACGAGCAUUCAUACGGACCCACGACCGGCAUCAAAGGAUUCACUCACAUAGCCAUCCUGCAAACAAUCAUCAAUGCGACAAAUACCUUAAAAUUCAUAGUGAAGCGUAUCGAGUCGGAGAGGAAUGAGGUGUUGAAAAAUCUUUACAAGAUUUGUGAAGUUGGGUAUGAGAAUUUGGUGAAUCAAAUGAGGGAUGCUCAUGUGGCAUUUGGGAAAGAAGACUAUAGAAACAUGAUAUUUGAUAUAGAAAAUUGUGAUAGAUUUGUGAAUGAUUGUGAGAGUGUUAUGGACAAUCAGGAUGAGGCCUCACACCGUAGAGACCUCCGCUCCGCGACCCAACGCGUGACGCCCGCCAUGACCCUCCAGAGAAGCAGCAUCGUCCCAGCGUCACACCGUGCCACGGCAUCACGCUGUGGCCAUCUCUUGCUUCGCACUAACCUCACGCUGUAA